AUGCCACUCCUGUUUGUAAUCAAACAGAUGCUGCUAAUAUGCACCGCGUGUCCGCCUCACGGCCCGUCGUCGGCUACUCUCGCCUUGGGAUCCGGAUUCGUCCAGCAAGAAACCUUCGUCCCGCCCGUCAACCACAGCAUCGCAGGCCUGCUGCACAAUCAUCGCGCAGCAACCAUGGAACAGUGCCGGAGCAGUACAAGAGCGGAUCCCGCGGCGGCAAUCUUCACUGGGCACGGCAACUUCGGAACCGACAAGUCAUCUAACAUGCCACUCCUGUUUGUAAUCCAACAGGUUAGUGAUGGAAAUUGCGUUAACUUUAGAAGUGACAACCGAUUUAUUAUUGUUCUGCCGUGCCCACAAGUGUUCUUUGAUUGUGCCAUGAAUUGUCGGGAUAAUCUGCUGUUACUUCUUUCUGUUGACGUCGAACGAAACCCGGGCCCAGAGACGAGACUAGAAACGAUGAUUUCCCAAGUGCUCGAAAACCAAAAACAGCUGAAAAGUGAACUUAAGGAAGUAAAGGAAAACCAGAUAGCGUCCCAGCAAAGACAAAACGCAAUGGCCGAUAAAAUCACCCACCUUGAGACAGCCCUUGACGUCCUCCAAAAGAAUAGGGGAUUUUGA